UCAUAUACACGAGAUCCAUUGAUGGUCAAGAUGGAAAAGGCACUUCAUAUGUGGAUCGAAGAUCACGCGCAGAAGAAAAUACCCUUGGAUCAGGAAUUAAUAAGGGAGAAAGCUUUGAGCCUUUACCUUUGGUUAGAGAAGAAUGAGCCGUCUUCAAGUAAAAAGAAAGACUUUACCGCGAGUAAGGGAUGGUUUUAUAACUUUAUACGUAGUAAUUCCAUUCGCAACGUUAAAAUCAAGGGUGAAUCCGCAUCGGCCGAUGUUUCGGCUGCAAAUAGUUUUCCUCCAAAGCUCGCUAAGAUCAUAAAAGAAGGUGCGUAUCAUGGUGACCAAGUGUUCAAUGGAGAUGAAACGGGUCUUUUUUGGAAAAGAAUGCCGUCUCGUACCUACAUUACGCAGCAGGAGCAAUAUGCCAGUGGUUUCAAAGCGGCCAAAGACAGGGUUACCCUGUUAUUUUGCAGUAAUGCUUCAGGCGACCUUAUGUUGAAACCGCUAUUGAUCAAUCGUGCUAUGACGCCCCGCUCGUUGAAGGGGGCUGAUUUCAACAAACUGCCAGUGCACUGGAAAGCUAACACUAAAGCGUGGGUCACAAAAGCCGUUUUUGAGGAAUGGUUUUACGAUAUGUUUAUUCCGGAAGUGAAAACAUACUUGGAAGGAAAAGGUUUGGAGUUCCACGUGCUUUUGAUUUUGGAUAACGCUCCAGGACACCUAGUUAUCAAGCACCCAAACGUUCAAGUUGUGUUUCUUCCACCGAAUACAACUUCUUUGUUACAGCCUCAAGAUCAAGGAAUAAUUGCUGCUUUCAAGAAGUUGUACAUUAAACAAUGUCUUCGGUACAUCCUCGAAAAGCUUGAAAGCGAUGAAACGAUGACGGUAAUUCAAGCGUGGAAAGAAUUUAAGAUAAGAGACGCUCUGACGUUCAUAGGAAAGGCUCUGUCUUCUAUGAAAUCUAAAACAUUGAAUUCGUGCUGGAAGCCACUAUGGCCAGAAUGCGUGAAAGCUGGUUCAACAGACCCUUCAAAUGUGGAAGAAUCAGAAAUUCUCAUUCUGGCACAUGCAAUUGGAGGGAAAGGAUUCAAAGAUAUGGAUAGUAGAGACGUUGAAGAGCUUCUUGAAGACACCGAAAUUGAAGAUGAUGAACUGAUGCAGAGUUUAGUCACAUCGGAGCCUUUAGAGGACGAUGAAGACCGGGAUAUCAAGCCAUGUGAUAUCGAAGACGGGAAUAAAUUAGCGGAUACCCUCGUAAAACAUUUUAUGGAAAAGGAUCCUUGUGUUGAGAGAGCCGUUUCAUUUCGGAAUGAUUUGAAACUGUGUAUGCUUCGCUACAAUAGAUUGAACGAAAAAACACAGCCAACAGUUAUCGAUGAAGAUGACGAGGAUUUCAGCUUACCAUUGGAACGCAGACGAUCUCGUCCGAUUUCUUCGGAUGAGGAAGAUAUCGCCACAUCAUCUAACCGCAAACAUCCACGUGUUGCUAAUGAUAGUGAUUAGAUCAAUAAAAGAAAUUCUUUUUUCCACUUGACUACAAUAAAAUUGAUUUAUGAAUACAUUGGUAAAAAUAUCAUGGUAAAAAACUAAAAAUAUGUUUAAUUAAAUUUGUCUAAAUUCCGAAAACAUUUGUUUGUAUUGUAAUUUUUUCAAAUUGCAAAAAUGCAAUUUGAAAAAAUUACUUUCGAACUACUGGACCGCUUCACAU